AUCUAUAAAUGGCGGACGAGGCAUUUUUCAAUGUAUACAACCAUAGAAGAUUUUCUGCGAAGUGAGAACAACUUCAUCCCAAUAAGGUACUCUUAUCAUGAUAUUAAAAGGAUGACCCGUGGGUUCAAGGACAAGCUAGGUGAGGGAGGCUAUGGAUCUGUGUUCAAAGGGAAAUUACGAAGUGGCCGUUUUGCAGCAAUUAAGAUGUUAGGCAAGCCAAAAGCUAAUGGGCAAGAGUUUAUCAGUGAAGUAGCUACAAUUGGUCGGAUUCACCAUGUUAAUGUGGUGCAACUUGUUGGUUAUUGCGCCGAGGGAUCAAAGCGUGCUCUAGUAUAUGACUUCAUGCCAAAUGGGUCUCUUGAUAAGUACAUUUAUUCUAAAGAUGAAAGUAUCCCAUUAAAUUGCAAAAAGGCAUUUGAGAUUUCUCUUGGAGUGGCUCGAGGGAUCAAAUAUCUACAUGAAGGUUGUGACAUGCAAAUUUUACAUUUUGACAUCAAGCCCCACAAUAUUCUUCUUGACGGGAAUUUCAUCCCAAAGAUUUCUGACUUUGGGCUUGCAAAAUUAUAUCCCGUGGAUAAUAGCAUUGUCUCUUUAACAGCAGCAAGAGGAACAAUGGGAUACAUGGCUCCUGAGCUAUUCUACAAGAAUAUUGGGGGUGUUUCGUUUAAAGCUGAUGUUUAUAGUUUUGGAAUGUUGUUGAUGGAAAUGACAAGCAGAAGGAAGAAUUUGAAUGCAUUUGCAGAGCAUUCAAGCCAAAUCUACUUCCCUUCAUGGGUUUAUGAUCAAUAUAACAAGGGGAAGGACUUGGAGAUGGGCGAUGUACUAGAGGAAGAAAAGGAAAUCAUGAAAAAAAUGGUUCUAACAGCCUUAUGGUGUAUACAAAUGAAGCCAAGUGAUCGUCCUUCAAUGAAGAAAGUCAUAGAGAUGCUUGAAGGGGGUGCUGAAUUCCUGAAAAUGCCUCCCAAGCCUUUUCUAUGUCCACAAGAGAUGCCAGUGGGUGAUCUUGAUCAAGACAGUUUGAAUCAAGCAUAUUCUAAGACCGAGCUAACAUCUACUUUGUCAGCUAUGUGA